AUGUUAAUGGUCCGUUUAUUCUCUGUGCUCCUUUGCGCACGACUGGCCCUCUCCACUGCCGUCACACCUGAGCCCCCGAGCCUCCAAUUCCUCUACACUGCCUAUGUUGAGUGUGACGGUAACCUCAUGACCGAAGUUGCUGGUCCGCACGGUAUACGAAAGGCAAUUCCCAUCGUCGGGGGUAACUUUACCGGACCCCAUCUCUCGGGCAAGAUUCUCGACGUCGGAGCAGACUGGGGCCUCAUUGAUCCCCGGACAAACAUCUUUUCAGCAGACACGCGAUACAAUCUGCGAACUAAUGAUGGCGCUGACAUCUAUAUUCGGACAUCUGGGCCAAAGGGGCCAGAUGGUCAUCUGCAUCUACGAAUUGUCUUUGAAACAGCCAGUAAGAAGUAUUAUUGGCUGAAUAAUGUCCUUGCGGUUGGACUCUUGACGUCGGGUAUCCCAACCACUAAGAACGUUAGCCUGUUGAGAAUUGAUGCUUGGAACUAUGCCUCUGACUGGAAUUCGACUUCCUUUGUCAGUUCGACGACAGUAGCUUAG